UGCUGCACGCCACAAACGAAGGAACUGACUGCUCAUAUUCCCAGAAAGAUGGUGCUCGGUCAAAUCGCCAAGCUGUACCAGAAGAGCGUGGCCAAGCAACUUCGUCAGCUCGGCCUUCGUUACGACGAUGCCCUCGUUGAAACCUCGGAAGUCCAACGCGCCGUGCACUGGCUCGACCGCGACCAGUCCUUGGCCCGCACCCGCCGUCUUUCCCGCGCCGCCGACCUGAGCUUCAAGCGCACGUACUUGCCGGAAGAAAUCCAAAAGAUCCAAGAACCUUACAACUUCUACUUGCACGACAAGGUCGCGGAAGCCACCGAGUUGGCCGACGAACGCAACAAGUUGACCAAGUGGUAAACGACGCCCCUGUAGAAGAUAUGCAUGACAAAUGGAACAUUGUGACUCCACCACCGUUGCUUGCAUCCGAGCGAACCCAUCGUGAUUGAUUGCAUGUUCUAGCGUCGUGUAUCUUACAUCUAUUUACAACUACCCAUGGAGUUGUAUUGCGUUCA